CUUUCCACUCCAGGGCAGCCAUAGUGAAAGGGGCGGGGAUGGUCAGUUUUUCUGGAAACAGUGUUUGAGUUUGAAGAAAAAAUUGGCUCCGUUCUCCCCAGCUACCUUAUCAUUUAGAAGUAAGCGCAUGCAGCGAAAGUCGUUAAACAGCUUACUAAAGGUUGAGUUGACCGUCUCACGUGGUUUCGUUUUCUCUGACGGCAGAGGUGCAGUCGAGACGGCAAGGAUAUAGCACCAGAUAGAUGGAGAAGAAUGUCCCGAAUGUCAUUGGACUGUCCCAACUCUUUACCAGGGAUCCCCCUCAGUGUGCUGUCAGUGCCCAUGGAGAAUAAAUACAAAUGUCAGCAGUGUCUCCAGGUUCUAAGGAGGCCUGUCCAGGCUCAGUGCGGCCACCGCUUCUGUUUACACUGCUUCAAGCAGCUCACCAGUUCUGGCCCAAAGCCUUGUGAAGCCUGUCGUCAAGAGGAAAUAUAUGAGGAGCCUGUUUCCAUUCUGAAUAGCAAUGAGGCAUUUCCAGACAAUGCAGCAGGUCGAGAGAUUGCAAGCCUGCCAGCCAGAUGUUUGAACCAGGGCUGCAAUUGGACAGGCUCAAUAAAAGAGUAUGAGACUCGGCACGAAGGUUGCUGUGAAUUUGAGCGGAUACAGUGCGAGGCCUGCCAAACCUCAAUCCUUUGCACAGAGAAGGACCGACACAAUGAGAGAGAAUGUGGGGCAAGAACAGUCAUCUGCAAAUACUGCAAAAUGACCUUCACCUUUAAAGACAUCAAGGCCCAUGAUGAGAUCUGCCUGAAGUUUCCCUUACAUUGCAAGGACUGUGGCAAGAAGAAGAUUCCCAGAGAAAAGUUCAGCGAUCACAGCAGGAUCUGCAUCAAGUCAAAGAGCACCUGCCCAUUCAGUGAAGUGGGCUGCAAAUCUGUGAUAGAGAACGGCAAGCUCAGCGACCAUGAGCACAGCAGCACCAUGGAGCACUUGCAUCUGCUGCUGCCCAUGGUGCUGUCCGUGGCUCGGGCACAUGCAGAGGCUCCUGAUCCCGGGGAGUGGCAGGAGGACUCUGGUCUGGGCCUGUAUAGGGCUCCUGAGGAGGGAGUCACCACGGGCGCCGGAACCGCAGCCUCCGCACAGUCUGUGGACCUGGAGAAAAAGGUGAAUGCUUUAGAAAACAUUGUGUGUGUCCUUAACCGGGAGGUGGAGCGCAGUUCAGUUACAUUGGAGGCUUUCUCACAUCAACAUCGUUUAGACCAAGAAAAGAUUGAAAAUCUGUCUAACAAAGUACGGCAGCUGGAGAGGACACUGACCAUGAGAGACUUGCAGCUGUCAGAGACUGAACAGCUGGUGCGAGAACUCCAGUUCUGCACCUAUGACGGGAUAUUUGUCUGGAAAAUCUCGGACUUCUCACGCCGCAGACAGGAUGCUGUGGCCGGUCGAACACCUGCAAUGUUCUCACCUGCAUUUUACUCCAGCAAAUACGGCUACAAAAUGUGUCUGAGGCUGUAUUUGAACGGCGAUGGGACGGGCCGAGGAACACACCUUUCACUGUUCUUUGUGGUCAUGAGGGGCAAGUGUGAUGCUCUGCUCAAAUGGCCAUUCAGUCAGAAGGUGACUCUAAUGCUCUUGGAUCAGAACAACAGGGAGCACAUUAUCGAUGCUUUCCGCCCUGACAUCACCUCCACCUCCUUCCAGCGGCCGAUCAGUGAGAUGAACAUCGCCAGCGGCUGCCCGCUCUUCUGUCCGCUGGCUAAACUGGCGGGCAAGAGCCCCUAUCUGAGAGAUGACACAAUUUUCAUUAAAGCCAUUGUAGACCUCACUGGCUUAUAGAGUGCAGACUGUGGAAGCUGCACCCAAAUUACAUUAAAAACCUAGUAAACAACUAAAUAAGUAAUAAUGAUAAUAUAUCUACAUAAUAAUAUUUUUAUAGUAAUAUGUAUUAUAAUAAAUGUAUUAAAAUUAUAUAUGGCAGUGAUAUUACAUAAUAUAUAUAUAUAUAUAUAUAUAUACAUACACACUAUACAUUAAUAAUACCAUCAUUUUAUGUAUUUGGAAGAGUGUCACAUUAUGGUGCAGGGUAUGCAAAAUAACACAUCAUCACAGUGGUAGAUCUGUAAUGGUUAUUAGUAUCGAGAUCACAUAAUUCUGUUAUUUCAGUAUAAAGCUGCCAGCUGGCUGUAAGAAGAGGUACAAAAAAACAGUAGGAGUUCUGGAUUUUAGUAACAUGAAGAGCUACCGAGUCAAAUCAUUCCUUCAUAAUAGAAGAUGGUCUGCGAUCAUCUGUCAUCCUAAUGUGAGGCUCUUGGCAUUCAAAUCAUAUCUUAUAGCUGAUAACUAAAUCUUAUAAAAAUAUCUAUCUGUAUUAAAUAUCUUAUUUAUCUUAUAUAUCUUAUAUCCAGACUACUCUUUGCGUUGUGUGAUUUCAAACACCAAACUCUGGCUUCAUUUUCGGCUUAGUUCACCAUGUGCGGGUAAGGCAUCACUCAAUCAUCACGUUGCACUACUCUCCCGGUGCAACACAGAACAUUCUUUUGCUCCUGAGUCACUUUUGCCAAAUGAGUAGCUGCUGUAACCUUGGUAGACCAAAUUUACAGACGCAGUCCUAAAGCAAACGCUUUGAUACCUCAGUCGUAUUCUAAAUAAAUGCAAGGAAUAAACAAACAAGACACCCUGAAAGAAUAUCGGUCUGUUUGCACUGCACCUGUAAAACACUGCCCCCACCCCACACACACUGAACACUGCUGAAAAAAAAAAAAAAAAAAACUAGCCAUACCUCGACCACCAAAUACAAGCCUGAAGUGUAAUCUAUAGCAAUUCACAAUUAUUUAAAAAAAAAAUACUUAUACUUUACUAUUUAGCCCAAAUUCCUGCUUAACCCAGUUGUACUGGUAACCAGAAAUCUUAAUCAUAGAUAUAAUUUAUUCUAUUCACUUUACUAUGUUUCCUUUGUACUAAUAAUGCUUCAUUGUAUUUUGUGAUUAUACAUUUAUAAAAUGCUUAAUAGUCAUCCUAAAUUUUGUGUGAAAUGUAGAAAUUGUCAAAUUGUAUGUAAAUGUUUUACUAUAGAUUAUACAUUAUAUCACUUAAAAUGGGGUGCUUGGGUCAUUAACCAUGUUUACUCCAGCAGGAUGAGCUGCAAGAUUAAAAUGCUCUUUAUAUAUUAAAUAUCAGUAAUUUGGAAGGUUGUGUUAACUGCAUGUGUGCAUUUUUAUCAUAAUUAUAAUAAACUUUUGCAGCAUAUUUUA